CCGAGCUGCUGUCCAGGAUGUCGGCCUUCAGGCUGGGAGACCAUGUGUGGCUGCUCCCCAGCUCUGCCGACAAAACCAGCGUUGCCAUCGGGGGCAUCGUCAAAGAGCUCAAGCCUGGCCGGACCCUGGUGGAAGACGACGAGGGCAAGGAACACUGGGUCCAAGCAGAGGACCUCGGCUCCCUCAGUCCCAUGCACCCCAACUCGGCGCAGGGCGUGGACGACAUGAUCCACCUGGGGGACCUGAACGAGGCGGGCAUGGUGCACAACCUCCUGACCCGCUACCGGCAGCACCAGAUCUACACCUACAUAGGCUCCAUCCUGGUGGCCGUGAACCCCUUCCAGGAGCUGCCCCUCUACACCCGGGAGCAGGUGCAGCUGUACCACGGCCGCCAGGCGGCCGAGCUGCCCCCGCACGUCUUCGCCGUGGCCAGCGGCUGCUACUUGGACAUGCAGAGGAACCGGAGGGACCAGUGCUGCGUCAUCAGUGGCGAGUCCGGGGCUGGGAAGACGGAGACCACCAAGCUCAUCCUGCAGUUUCUGGCCACAGUCAGCGGCCAGCAUUCCUGGAUCGAGCAGCAGGUGCUGGAGGCCAACCCCAUCCUGGAGGCCUUUGGAAACGCCAAGACAAUCCGAAAUGACAACUCAAGCCGCUUCGGGAAGUACAUUGACAUCUACUUCAACCCCAGUGGGAUCAUCGAAAGUGCACGCAUCGAGCAGUUUCUCCUGGAGAAGUCCCGGGUCUGCAGGCAGGCCCCGCAGGAGCGGAACUUCCACAUCUUCUACUGCAUGCUCCUGGGCAUGCGCCCCGAGGAGAGGGCACUGCUGCAGCUGGGCUCGCCCGCAGAGUACCGCUACCUGACCUCGGGGAGCUGCACCUCCUGCGAGGGCCUGGCCGACGCCAAGGACUACGCCCACGUGCGCUCCGCGCUCAAGAUCCUCAUGUUCUCCGACUCCGAGCACUGGGCCCUCAGCAAGCUGCUGGCGGCCAUCCUCCACCUGGGGAACGUGGAGUUCACGGCCGCCUUCUUCGAGAACCUGGAUUCCUCCGAUGUGAGGGAGACGCCCGCCUUCCCCGCCGUGGCCACAUUCCUGGAGGUGCCACAGCAGGCGCUCCGGGAUUGUCUGCUCAAGCACACCAUCGCCAUCCGCGGGGAGCUGGUGGCCAGGCCGCUGAGCGCCCCGCAGGCUGCCGACCGCAGGGACGCCCUGGCCAAGGGCAUCUACGGGCACCUCUUCCUGUGGAUAGUCAAGAAGAUCAACGCUGCGAUUUUCACGCCCCCCGCUCAGGACCCCAGGCCUGUGCGCAGGGCCAUCGGCCUCCUGGACAUAUUUGGCUUUGAAAACUUCCAGAACAAUAGCUUCGAGCAGCUCUGCAUCAACCUGGCCAACGAGCACCUGCAGCAGUUCUUCGUGCGGCACGUGUUCAGCCUGGAGCAGGAGGAGUACCGCGCCGAGGGUGUCGCCUGGGACUUCGUGGGCUACACCGACAACCGGCCCACCCUGGACCUGCUGGCCCUGAGGCCCAUGAGCGUCCUCUCCCUACUGGACGAGGAGAGCCGCCUCCCGCAGGGCACGGAUGCCACCAUGCUGGAAAAGCUGAAGAGUGUCCAUGCCAACAACAAGGCCUUCCUGCAGCCCAGGAACAUCCACGACGCCAGGUUCGGCAUUGCCCACUUCGCGGGAGACGUGUACUACCAGGCCGAAGGCUUCCUGGAGAAGAACCGGGAUGUGCUGAGUGCAGACAUCCUCACGCUGGUGCACGCCUCCCAGAACGCCUUCCUGAGGGACAUCUUCCGGCUGGAGCCCACCGACAUCCAGCUGGGCCGCGGGACCCUCCGCCUGGGGCGGGCGCGGGGCCAGGUCCUCAAGUCUGCAGACGCCGGCCGGCAGCCUGCCACCUUGGCAGGCCAGUUCAAGCAGUCGCUGGACCAGCUGAUGAAAAUCCUGAGCGGCUGCCAGCCCUCCUUCAUCCGCUGCAUCAAACCCAACGAGCACAAGAAGCCGCUGCUCCUGGACCGCGAGCUGUGCCUGCGGCAGCUGCGCUACUCGGGCGCCCUGGAGACCGUGCGUGUCCGCCGGGCGGGCCUCCCCAUCCGGUACACCUUCGCGCAGUUCGCGGGGCGCUUCGGGGUCCUGCUGCCCAGCGCCUCCCGCCAGCAGCUUCGGGACAAGUGUCGACAGAUGACGCUGAGCAUCGCUGACAGGUGGCUGGGGACGGACACAGACUGGAAAGUAGGAAAGACCAAAAUUUUCCUGAAGGAGCACCAGGACGCCCUGCUGGAGGUGCAGAGGAGCCGGGCCCUGGAGAACGCGGCGGUCAGCAUCCAGCGAGUCCUGCGGGGCUACAGGCACAGGCAGGAGUUCCUGCGGCAGCGAAGGGCUGCCGUGAGCAUGCAGGCCGCCUGGAGAGGCCGCCGCGCCCGCCAGGCCUUCACGCUGAUCCUCUUGGGGUUCGAGCGCCUGCAGGCCAUGGCCCGAAGCCACCUGCUGAGCAGGCAGUUCCAGGCCGCACGGCGCAGGGUGGUGCAGCUGCAGGCGCGCUGCCGGGGCUACCUCGUGCGCCAGCAGGUCCAGGCCCGGAGGAGGGCGGUGGUGGUCAUCCAGGCACACGCCAGGGGCAUGGCUGCCCGGCGGAACUUUCGGCAGCAGACAGCCAAGGGGCUGCCGGCCACCCCCGCCCCCCAGCAGCCGCGCCCCCGGGCUCCAGCCGCCAGGAAGCGCAAGUCCAUCUACGACACCGUCACCGACACCCAGAUGGUGGAGCAAGUGUUCGGCUUCCUCCCGUCCAUGAUCGGGGGGCAGGAGGGCCAGGCCCCUGCCCGCUUCGAGGACCUGGAGACGGAGCCGCGGAGGCUGCCCGAGGUGGACCUGGACGCGGUGCCCGAGGUGGAGGGGCCGGAGGACGAGGCGGACGGCCUGGCCGAGUACAGCUUCCCCAAGUUCGCCGCCACCUACUUCCAGAGGUCCGCCAGCCACACGCACCUGCGGAGGCCCCUGCGGCACCCUCUGCUCUACCACGAGGACGACGACGCCUGCUCCGCCGCGCUGGCUGUGUGGAGCGUCAUCCUGAGGUUCAUGGGCGACCUCCCGGAGCCCGUGCUGUUCGCCCGGACGCGGCCGGCCCCGGACGCCGGGGGCAGGGAGGGCAGCGCCCCGGCUGCACAGCGCGGAGCCCAGGUGGCGAGCCGGCUGAACACUGGAGAGGAGGCCUUGGAGUCUGAGGGCUCCCCCUCCGACAGACCCCUGUCCAACCUGGAGAAGGUGCACUUCAUCGUGAGCCACGGCCUCCUGCAGCCCGGCCUCCGGGACGAGAUUUACUGCCAGAUCUGCAAGCAGCUGUCAGAGAACCCGAAAACCAGCAGCCUGGCCCGCGGCUGGAUCCUGCUCAGCCUCUGUCUGGGCUGCUUCCCGCCCUCCGAGAGGCUCAUGAAGUACCUGCUGAACUUCAUUGGUGAAGGGCCAGCCGGCUACGGGCCCUUCUGUGCCGAGCGCCUGAGACGCACCUACACCAACGGGGUUCGCACAGAGCCCCCCACUUGGCUGGAGCUGCAGGCUGUCAAGUCCAGGAAGCACAUCCCGGUGCACGUGGUGCUGCCGACGGGGGAGAGCCUGACCGUCACCGUGGACUCGGCCUCCACCUCGCAGGAGGUCUGCCUGCACAUCGCCCGCCAGCAGGGCCUCCGCGACCCCCUGGGCUUUUCCCUCCAGGUCGCUGUGUACGACAAGUUCUGGUCGCUGGGCAGCGGGCGAGACCACGUGAUGGACGCGGUGGGCCAGUGCGAGCAGCUGGCGCGGGAGCGGGGCGAGAGCGAGCGCCAGGCGCCCUGGCGCCUCUACUUCCGGAAGGAGUUCUUCAGCCCCUGGCACGACCCCAGCGAGGACGCCGUCAGCACCGAGCUCAUCUACCGCCAAGUCCUGCACGGCGUCUGGUCCGGCGAGUACAGCUUCGAGAGGGAGGAAGAGCUGGUGGAGCUGCUGGCCCGGCACUGCUGCGCAGAGCUGGGCGCCGCGGCGCGGAGGGAGGCCGUGCAGGGGCUGCUGCCCAGCUGCGUGCCCCCGAAGCUGUACCGGACCAAGCCCCCAGAGCAGUGGGCCGGCCUGGUCACCGCCGCCCUGGCCCAGGUGCCGCACACCCAGAGGCAGGCCGUGCGGGAGCAGGUGGUGGGCGCCGCCCGCCUGCAGUGGCCGCUGCUCUUCUCCCGGCUCUUCGAGGUCACCCCCUGCUCAGGCCCUCGGCUGCCCAGGACUCAGCUGAUCUUGGCCGUGAACUGGAAGGGGCUGUCCCUCCUGGACCAGCGGGAGCGGGCGCUGCUGGAGCUGUCCUUCCCCGAGAUCAUGAGUCUGGUCGCCCACAGGGAGGCCCGGGGCGGCCAGCGGCUGCUGCUCUGCACGCUGCGUGAGGAGGAGUAUGAGUUCCUGUCGCCCAGCGGCGUGGCCAUCGCCGAGCUGGUGGCCGUGCUUCUGGAGGGCCUGCGUGCGCGGUCCGUGUUCGCCAUGGCGCUGCAGGACCAGAAGGCCACAGGCGACGCCGCCCUCCUGCCCUGCGCGAAGGGCGAUCUGCUGGUCCUGACGAAGAGCGCGGGGCUGCUGGCGGCCGGGGACUGGGUCCCGGGCCAGAACGACAGGACGGGCAGGACAGGGCUGGUGCUGGCCGCCCACCUCUACACCAUCCCCACGCUCACCAAGCCGUCAGCACAGCUGCUGAGCCUGCUGGCCAUGUCCCCGGAGAAGCGGAAGCUGGCCGCCCAGGCGAGGCCGCCCGCAGAGGCUCCCCCCGAGGAGCAGGCGCCCGAGAAGCUGUACACCCUGGAGGAGUUCUCCUACUCGUUCUUCAGGGCCCCGGAGAAGGAGCCGGCCAGCAGAGCCGUGGCCAGCCUGGCCCGCGCCCGGGGCCGCCUGUGGGCGCACAGCCCGGAGCCCCUGCGGCAGCCGCUGCUCCGGCGCGUCCACGCCACCGCGGAGCUGCGGGACGCCGCGUGCCAGAGCUUCAUCGGCAUCCUCCGGUACAUGGGCGACUACCCGACCAGGCAGGCCUGGGCCUCCCUGGAGCUCACCGACCAGAUCUUCGCGGGGGCCCUGCAGGAGGCCGCCCUGCAGGACGAGGUCUACUGCCAGAUCCUGAAGCAGCUGACGCACAACACCAGGAGGCACAGCGAGGAGCGGGGCUGGCAGCUGCUGUGGCUCUGCACCGGCCUCUUCCCGCCCGGCAAGGCGCUGCUGCCGCACGUGCACAAGUUCCUGGACGCCCGGAGGGCGCGGCCCCUGGCCCCCGACUGCAGCCGCCGCGUGCAGCGGGCCCUGAGGACCGGCCCCCGGAAGCAGCCCCCCCACCAGGUGGAGGUGGAGGCGGCCGAGCAGAACAUCUCCCGCAUCUGCCACAAGGUCUUCCUCCCCAACAACACCACCCAGAUGCUGGAGGUGAGCGCCCACACCCGGGUGCGGGAUGUGUGUGCGGACGUGGCCGCCAGGCUGCAGCUGGCCUCUUGGGAGGGCUGCAGCCUCUUCAUCAAGAUCGCAGACAAGGUCAUCAGCCAGAAGGAGGGAGACUUCUUCUUCGACUCGCUGCGCCAGGUGGCGGACUGGGUGAAGAGGAGCAAGCCCCAGAAGGAAGGGGCCCCGCUGACGCUCCCCUACCAGGUGUACUUCAUGCGCAAACUGUGGCUGGGCGUGGCCCCCGGGAAGGAUGUGCGCGCGGACACCGUGCUCCACUACCACCAGGAGCUGCCCAAGUACCUGCGUGGGUUCCACAAGUGCCCGCGGGAGGACGCGGUGCAGCUGGCGAGCCUCAUCUACAAGGCCCAGUUCGGCGGCGACCAGGCCCAGCUGGCGAGCAUCCCCAAGGUCCUGGGGGAGCUGGUGCCCGAGAACCUCACGCGCCUGAUGUCCCCGGAGGAAUGGAGAAAGAGCAUCCUCCUGGCCUGCGAGCAGCACCGCGACAAGACGCCGGAGGAGGCCAAGGUGGCCUUCCUGCGGGGGAUCAGCCGCUGGCCCACCUUCGGGUCCGCCUUCUUCGAGGUGAAGGUAGUCUCGCCCGCCCCAACCUCGGAGCCCUCCUACCCCGACAUCGUGCUCGUGGCCAUCAACCGGCACGGCGUCCCUGCUCAUCCACCCCAAGACCAAGGAGCGUGCUCGCCACCUACCCGUUUCACCAAGAUCGCCAGCUGGAGCAGCGGCAGCACCUACUUCCCACAUGGUGCUGGGCACAGCCUGGGCCGCGGCGGCCGCCUGCUGUGCGAGACCUCGCUGGGCUACAAGAUUGACGAAUGCCUGACCUCCUACGUGCAGCAGCUCAUGAGCAACGUGGCAAGCAGCGAGGCCCGGCAUCCGGCCCGGCCAGGCCUAGCGCGGGGGCGGCCACCCCUCCCCAAGCCGGGUCCCUGCAUGCCACCCUCUCCCAACUCACU